AUGGGCGCAAAACACUCGCGGCUCUCGCCCACGUCUCAGUCGAAGAACGAGACCCGUCCAAGCUCGGCCAGGCCCAAUGGAAACGUACCGGCCAAUGAGAUCUCGGCAGAAGCGCGUGCCGAGUUCACGGUCGCCGACAUUUGUUGCCCUGCAAACACGCGACGUGCGCAAACACUUCGAGCCAGCGACAACGACCGGUUCUGUAAGUAUCGGAACUACUUCAAGAACCACCACAUGUCACUGGCUCGAGAAGUAGGACGCAAAACCAGCAAGAGCAAGGCCGAGUUGCUACAAUGGGUCGAAGACGCCGUGGGUCCACUAGAAGGAGGCGAUAAACUCACGAAGGACGAGAUUCUGGAGAUAGCCAUGGUCUCGGCAGCUCUUACCGAGUACAGCGAGUCAGCACUGGACAAAAUGUACGCGAGAGGGGAGCUGGAUGCCCUUCCUAAUGUACCGCUACAUACGCACAAUAUGCGCAUGCCGGCAACGCAGCAGGCGUGCCGGAACAGCUCGAACGCCGCAAAUAAGGACAAACUGGAGGCUGCCCAUUACAUUGGACUGGAGGUCAUGCUUCGGCUGAAUGAACGUCUGCCUGUGGAGCAUCGCAUGGGAGAAGAGUUGCGCCAGAUUCUCAAUCAUUCGAGCAACCUCCGCCUCAUGCUGGCAACGAGCAAUCAGAUUCUGCACAAGAAGGUGGACGCGAUGCUGAUCAACGCCAAAGAAGCUUCCGGAGCUUUGGAAGGUACUACUGGCCGCGACAAACAACUUACAAAGAUCUCGACGCGUGAGUACGACCGCCUGAUCCAGAUUGCCAAGCACGCUCAAGACGAUAUCUUCCAAGACGCGAUGAUUGCAGCCAAAGGUCAUCAUUUGUAUGUAAGCUUGCGCCGACAGUUUAAUUUGCUCGACAUUGGCGACCGACCCGUGCUGUGGGAUCUAUCAAAAGACAAGUCUGAGCUCCAACGACCCGUACAUCGUGGAUCCCGCUCACCUUCGCCAGUAAGAGGGCAGCUUGUAGCUCCUCCGUCACCAGCAAAGAAGCCGGAUCCGGAGUCCAGAAUCAGAAACAGUGCUGCGUCAAGUACAUCCGCGUCUCCUGAGAAGCAUCAUCGCAACCCGUUUUCUCACUUAGCAGCCAAAAUAUUCCGAUCACGCCAAAAGAAAAAAGAGAUGCAGGCAUGCAUUCCCACUUUAACGACAAGCCAAAUGCCCAGAAGGCCUCCACGACCCGUAGCACCUACGACUUCGGCCAAGCCGAAAACGAAGAAACCUUUGACGAAGACAAAAGUGACGCUGCGAAAUGAAAACCAAAGCAAGUCGAAGCCGAAAGUCAAACGAAAACCUCAAGCUGCGCUCGCUGCGAAGAAGACAGCAAAACAAUCGGUUUCAAGCUCAAGUCAAGAGUCUUCUUAUCGCGACAGCUUCUCGUCUUCUGAUGACAGUGAUCACACCGACGUCGGUGUGAUCCAAACGGACGACCGUGUCUAUCAUGUUGGCCCUCGCGGAGGCACGUAUUACGUCAACGAGAGUGGCAAGAAAGUGUAUACGAAAGAAGCCGGCAAGUGA